AACAGUAUUUCUCUGACGCUCUGUUCACGGAUUUUUGCUCCGAAUCCUGCCUCCGCAGGAUUUUUGUGUGGUUUUCCAUGUGAUUGGCAUCUGCUCUUGACACACCGAAGUAUAGUAAAGCCAGGUUGCGCUAAAUCUUCAUUGAAAUACGCCGCUGCAAGACGUUGAAUUGAACUCAGCGGUAAAACUCGGUGCUGGACAAGGCUUCCUGGUUAAAUUUGCGUGGCGAGGGUCGAGUCGGAUAUUGGAUGGGUGUUUUCAGAUAUUGAAGGUGUGAAGUUUAAUGGCAGUAGCAAUGGCAGAGAUGAGUUUGGCACUUUCGAGAUUCUCCUCCACAUCACAUUCUGUAAAUAAUCGAGCCGUACCAAAUGCCCUCUGCAAGGAAGUUCUUCUGCCCCAAGAGCUUUUUCCAGAAGCUUUCCCCUUGCUAAAAUCUGGGAAACGUCAUUCGGUGGCUCAUUGCCGGCGCACGAGGCUAUCCGUGUGCAUGGCAAGUGCCCUUCUCGAACUUGUUCCACCUCAAAUGUCCACGAAGCUGCUCAAUUAUGAGCUCCUCAGAUUUGACACUGCGAAGAGGAAGGCAGUGGGCCUGGUGGUGGUGGGCGCUGGGCCUGCGGGAUUGGCCGUCGCCCAGAGGGUUUCUAAGGAGGGGGUGAGUGUGUGUGUUGUCGACCCAGCCCCACAGAGUGUAUGGCCCAAUAACUACGGUGUGUGGGUAGACGAGUUUGAGGACCUAGACCUUCUGGAUUGCUUGGAUUACACCUGGGCAAGUGCUGUUGUAUACCUGGAUGACGAGAAGAAGAAAACUCUCGAGAGGCCGUAUGGGCGCGUUAAUCGUACACGGUUGAAAUCUAAAAUGCUCGAGGCUUGCAUUGCGAAUGGCGUUCAAUUUCACCAAGCCAAGGUCAAGGAUGUGAAUCACAAUCUCUCGGAAUCAUCUGUUACUUGUGAAGAUGGCACUCUUAUCGAAGCAGCUGUUGUUCUUGAUGCAACUGGACAUUCAAGGCGACUAGUGAAGUAUGACAAGCCUUUCAAUCCAGGCUACCAAAUUGCUUACGGAAUCGUUGCGGAGGUGGAUAGCCACCCUUUUGACGUGGAUAAGAUGCUAUUUAUGGAUUGGCGAGAUUCACAUUUGCGUGGGAGCCGAGAGUUGAUGGAGGGCAAUUUGAAGCUACCAACCUUCUUGUAUGCCAUGCCGUUUUCAGCCAAUCAUAUAUUUCUAGAGGAAACAUCAUUGGUGGCACGUCCAGGCGUACCGAUGGAUGUUAUUCAGAAACGCAUGGAGUUGCGUCUUAAACACUUAGGCAUCUGUGUUCGCAGCAUUGAGGAAGACGAGAAGUGCGUAAUUCCUAUGGGCGGUGUGUUACCUGUCAUUCCUCAAAGAGUGCUUGGUAUCGGCGGAACUGCAGGCAUGGUUCACCCAUCAACUGGAUACAUGGUCGCGAGGACGCUAGCUGCAGCACCUAUGUUGGCAGAAUCCGUAAUACAGAGACUAGGGGGUUCGGCAAGUCCGUACGCCCUUAGCAGACAGCAGUCCUCUCAACAUGCGGAGUAUUCGACACCCUCACAGGGGCUCGAGACAUCAUUAAUUGAAAAACAGUCGGGUCUACCAUGCGAUGAACUGGCAGCAGGUGUAUGGGCAGACUUGUGGCCAUUGAAUCGACAACGGCAGCGAGCAUUUUUCUGCUUUGGCAUGGAUGUCCUCCUUAAGCUUGACUUGGCUGGUACUAGACGUUUUUUUGAUGCCUUUUUCGACCUUGAGCCUCACCAUUGGCAAGGUUUCUUGUCAUCUCGUCUUUAUUUUAUGGAGCUUAUUGGAUUUGGACUUUCCCUUUUUAAGCACGCGACAAAUCAAGCACGGGCGGAGAUUAUGGCAAUUGGAGCUGUACCGCUUUUUAGAUUAAUUUUGGAGAUUUCUCAGAUGAAGCCCCCAGAACGUCAGUCAUAGUGAUAUCUUUUUGUAUACUAGUGUGUUAAUUUUUUAGAUUGUUGUCUGCUGUCGUAAGGGUAGCAGCUGCUGGUGUGUUUUUAGAAUAAAUAUAAACUCCACAUUUUUGGACAUCCUUUUUUCUGAACAUCAUUGAUUUCCUUGAAAUCUCAACAACCUUUGGCCCAUUGGGACAAAAUAUGAGCAUGUAAUUUCUGACGAUGAAAUGGAUCUUGCAGGCUUGUCUUAGUGCUCCUGGAAC